CCCCCCCCCCUCUCUAACCAAACCCUCACCAUGACCGAUCGGACCACCGCCGGCCCACUCCAACUCCACCGUCCACCACCAUUCCUCCACCGCCUCCGCCACCACUCACUUAACUCAACCCAACUCAUGGGCAUCAUGACCCUCCUCAUCUCCGGCGCCAUCUUGCUCCUCCUCACCGGCGUCACUAUCACCGUCUCCCUCGUGGGCCUCAUCUUCUGCACACCCGUUAUCAUCCUAACUAGUCCCAUAUGGGUCCCGAUUGGUACCCUCUUGUUCGUAGUUGUAGCCGGUUUUCUCUUGGUUUGCGGUUCGGGUGUUGCUACCGUUGCCGCGGUGGCGUGGUUGUAUAAAUAUUUUAGAGGGUUGCACCCGGUCGGGUCCGACCGGGUGGAUUACGCGAGGAGCCGGAUCGUGGAUACCGCGAGUCAUAUGAAGGAUUAUGCUAGGGAGUAUGGAGGGUAUUUACAAAGUAAGGUGAAGGAUGCGGCUCCCGGUGCUUGAAGGUGGUGGUGAACCGGUCAAAAAGUUAGUGAACCGGUCGGAAAGUUGAUGAACCGGUGGACCGGAGUGUGUGUUUUUCUUUAAUCUUUUUUGUUGGUGUAAAUGUUUGUCCAAGUGUUUGAACAAUUAAAUUCCGGUUUUAUAUGUUAUAAUGAGUUGUACA